CUCCACGCCGCGCUCCACCCCGCUACGUCCGAUCCCGGAACGGCCCGGCUGCUCCGUGGCCGCGGGUGACCGCGGGUGGGCCUGGGUGGCCCCGCCGGCGUGAGCGCGUUGCUGCCGACAGGCGCGGGCCAUGUCCGAGCCCCAGGAGCUAGAAGUCAGCUUGGAGCGGCGCCGGACCGUGGAUGGCCUUGACUGACGCCGGCUGGUGCCUGCCGAAGCGCUUCGGGGCCGCGGCUGCGGACGCCGGCGACUCCGGGGCCUUUCCGGGGCGGGAGCCCUCCACGCCGCCUUCCCCCAUCUCUUCCUCGUCCUCCUCCUGCUGCUCCCGGGGCGGGGAGCGCGGCCCCAGUGGCGCCAGCAACUGCAGGACACCUCAGCUCGACACGGAGGCGGCGGCGGGGCCCCCUGCGCGCUCGCUGCUGCUCAGCCCCUACGCCUCGCACCCCUUCGGGGCUCCCCACGGACCUGCGGCGCCCGGGGUCGCUGGCCCCGGGGGCGCCCUGUCGAGCUGGGAGGACCUGCUGCUUUUCACUGACCUCGACCAGGCCGCCACCGCCAGCAAGCUGCUGUGGUCCAGCCGCGGCGCCAAGCUGAGCCCCUUCGCGUCGGAGCAGCCUGAGGAGAUGUACCAGACCCUCGCCGCUCUCUCCAGCCAGGGGCCGGCCGCUUACGACGGCGCGCCCGGCGGCUUCGUGCACUCUGCGGCCGCCGCCGCGGCGGCAGCCGCGGCCGCCAGCUCCCCGGUCUAUGUGCCCACCACGCGCGUGGGCUCCAUGCUGCCUGGCCUGCCGUACCUGCAGGGCGCCGGCAGCGGGCCAGCCAACCACGCGGGCGGCGCGGGCGCGCAUCCUGGCUGGCCCCAGACCUCAGCCGACAGUCCCCCGUAUGGCAGCGGAGGCGCCGCGGUGGGCGGCGGGGCCGCGGGGCCUGGCGGCGCGGGCUCAGCCGCGGCGCACGCCUCGGCGCGCUUCCCCUACUCGCCCAGCCCGCCCAUGGCCAACGGCGCGGCGCGGGAGCCGGGAGGCUACGCGACGGCCGGCAGCGGGGGCGCGGGCGGCGUGAGCGGCGGCGGCGGGAGCCUGGCAGCUAUGGGCGGCCGCGAGCACCAGUACAGCUCGCUGUCGGCGGCGCGGCAGCUGAACGGGACGUACCACCACCAUCACCACCACCACCCGAGCCCUUACUCGCCUUACAUGGGCGCGCCGCUGACUCCCGCCUGGCCCGCCGGACCCUUCGAGAACCCGGUGCUUCACAGCCUGCAGAGCCGCGCCGGAGCCCCGCUCCCCGUGCCGCGCGGCCCCAGCGCAGACCUGCUGGAAGACAUGCCGGAGAGCCGCGAGUGCGUGAACUGCGGCUCCAUCCAGACGCCGCUGUGGCGGCGGGACGGCACUGGUCACUACCUGUGCAACGCCUGCGGCAUCUACAGCAAGAUGAACGGCCUCAGCCGGCCUCUCAUCAAGCCGCAGAAGCGCGUGCCUUCCUCACGGCGGCUCGGAUUGUCCUGUGCCAACUGUCACACCACAACCACCACCUUAUGGCGCAGAAAUGCCGAGGGGGAACCCGUGUGCAAUGCUUGUGGACUCUACAUGAAACUACACGGGGUGCCUCGACCACUUGCUAUGAAAAAAGAGGGAAUUCAGACCAGGAAACGAAAACCUAAGAACAUAAAUAAGUCAAAGACUUGCUCUGGUAAUAGCAAUAAUUCCGUUCCUAUGACUCCAACGUCCACCUCUUCCAACUCGGAUGACUGCAGCAAAAACGCUUCCCCUACAACACAACCCACAGCCUCAGGGGCGGGCGCCCCGGUGAUGUCCGGCGCGGGAGAGAGCAGCAACCCGGAGAACAGCGAGCUCAAGUAUUCAGGUCAAGACGGGCUCUACAUGGGCGUCAACCUGGCCUCGUCGGCGGAGGUCACCUCUUCUGUGCGACAGGAUUCCUGGUGCGCGCUGGCCCUGGCCUGAGCCGCACCACCCCGUGUCCCAUCUUGUCCAGCAGUCAGGACGGUGGCCACUCUGCUGGCAGACAUUCCUCCGCCGCGUGAUUUCUGUGCCUUUAUUUCGAAAGAGAUGGACUUGCCGAGGGGCUGGCUGGAGGGGCGGAGACGACGGGGCCGGCCUGGCCCCUGCUCAGCCCCUGGCCGGGCCCCCGCACCGCUGCCGGAAGCCAGGCCUCAGGACGGGGCCUUGCCUGCCGAGGGGGACGGAGAGAGUUUCAGAAAACAGACUUUGUGUGUAUUGCCACGAAUCAUGUGCUUCUUCUGACCGAUUUUGGUUGUUCCAGAAUUUCUUCAUCGCUUGUCCACGUGCAGAUUCCACUCGUGUUCCCGGAGAGGAGCGCGUGAGGCCGUUUGGUACACAUCUCCGCGGGCCGAGGCGGUUCCUGGGGUCUCGUCAGAAAUGUCACUCGUUUUGCAAGACCGCAUUCGAACUGUAACGUAUACUGUGACUGACGUUUCUCAAACUUCAUAUCGUGUGACUGGCCGGAAGUCAGUCGGCAUUUGUAAACAGGGUAGCAAACAAGAUAUUUUUCUUCCAUGUAUACAAUAAUUUUUUUAAAAAGUGCAAUUUGCGUUGCAGCAAUCAGUGUUAAAUCACUUGCAUAAGAUUUAACAGCAUUUUUUAUAAUGAAUGUAAACAUUUUAACUUAAUGGUACUUAAAAUAAUUUAAAAGAAAAAUGUUAACUUAGACAUUCUUAUGCUUCUUUGACAACUAUAUCCCAUUUCUAUAUUCCCACUUGUUAAAGAAAGAAUAUUUCAAGAACAAAUCUUCUCUCAGGAAAAUUGCCUUUCUCCAUUUGUUAAGAAUUUUUAUACGAAAACACGGAACUGUCUCCCCCUUCUUUUACUGUGGAAUAAGUGCUGGAAAAAUGGCAAGAAAACUUUACUACCUAGCAAAUAGCAUUUGUAAAUACUCUAGGCAUCUGUACACACCCUGAUGAAGUCUGUAUAGUGUGACUAACCCACAGGUUGGUUUACAUUAAUUUUUUUAAAAAAUGGGAUGUCAUAUGGAAACCUAUUUCACCAGAGUUUUAAAAAUAAAAGGGUCUUGUUUUGUCUUC